GAAUUUAUCAGAUAUUAUCAUAAUGUUUAUAAUAUUCAUAAUAAGGGAGGAUUGUGGCAUAUUUAGAUGAAGCUUUGCAAAGCCUUUGCCUCAGACACAUUUUGAUAUGAAAACUAAUUCUAAAAGUAAGAAACCCUGUGUUGUCUGUCUCCAAGCACUAUAAUGUGGUGAGUUAAAUAUGGGAAAGUUCCUUGGGUUAACGGUUAACGCGCUCUCCAAAUGGGUUAUAUCCAUGCAGAAAUCAAGAUUUUUCAUGCGUAACCUUGUGAACAAAUUAGUAUGGUUAUGACUGAUGCUCUUACCCCAAAAAAGACAAGGAAACCGUUAAUUAAGGCAUAAAAGGUCAGGAAGUAUUUUACUGCCGUUCCUGUUCAAGAUGCAAGUUGAUUAUAGCUUCGAUUUUUAUUAUUUUUUCAUCCUGACUGUAAUUAAUGUUUUCACCGGAAAGCCGGGUACCGAACUUUGAUGACGGUCCCUGUCUGCAUAGCCGAUUCCUCGUGCGUAACGAGCUACAUAGGGUAUAUUCCCAUUCAAAUGAAGGAAACGGUCCGCAGCGAAAUGAACACCCGUUUGUCCGCUCGCGGACAUCAUCAAAGUGAUUUUGAAUGUUAAAUAUAGCCAACGUGAUUUCGUAUUAGUGUUCAUUUACCUAAAUAUACUAAACGAAUGUGUUUGUUGAAAAUAAAUAGCCGGUGUUUAAAAAAAGUGAGAGAGUAAAAGUUUCAUGACUUAUCAUCAAGCUCACUACUGUGGUAGAUUUAAAAUCCUCCGUAAAGUGAAAAUUCUCCUUGUUUUAUGAGAUUUCACUAGAAUAUGUUUGCGAACUGGUAAGAACAUUUGGAGAUUAAUGAGUUACAGGUGUACAGUUGUGGUAGCUACACCCUGGAAGGGACAAUGGUGCUGCUCGCUUUCUAUUGGUUGUUUGCUGCACCUACUGUACCGAAGCACGAGACAGCUGGAGAGGCACUGGCACAAGCUCACGAGCGCUUGCGUAGGGAAUAUCCGCGUACGCCGCAGGAAAACAUCAAGAGUAGUGGCAGAGGUCGCCAUGGAGACCAGCGCUGCAGAAGCAGAGGGAAGCAGUGAAGACAUCACAGGGAAGAAGAAGUCCAAGCUGCAGGUCCUGAGGUCGCGGCUGUUUGGGAGGAUGAAGAGGAAGGAGACGGAAGGACUGAUGAAGCAGAGCCAGUCCGCCAGUGAUGUCACCGCUGAGGCGGCCAGGGAGGGAGAGGAAGACUCCGAAGACGAGUUUCUGUACUCACACAGCCGGCUGGCAUCUCGAGCGAUGUCACAUGACAGCAUCUUCCUCGCCGACGAAGCACAGGCCCCAGUGGAGCCGGUCCGGAUUCUGUCCCAGGAGAGCGUGCACGGAAAGAUCAAAGCGCUGCAGAUGAAGCUGCAGCAGCAGAAUCUGCGUCUGGGCCCGCCCCCCCUUUUGAUCCCCGGUAAGCGAGCGGAGGACACGGGGGUUAGCUCUGAGGAUGACGGGCUGCCCCACAGUCCCCCCGAAAUCUCCCUCUCCCUGCCUGAGGGCCUGGCUCGGGGUGCCCCAAAGUUCCCUGACACUCACAGAAACCUUAGCUCUCUGAGUUUAGCGGGGACAGGAAGUGAAGAAGAGGAGCAGGCUUGCUCUCAGCCUUCGUCCCGCCCCCUGUCCCCCGGGACGAAGCCGCCUCCCCCCACCGCGCCCGCCACCGCCCCCCCGCCCGGCGUGGACUUCGACAGCCCCGCCCAGUUCACCCCCUGCCUGGACAACUCGGCUGCCCGCCAUCGCAUGUCCGUCAAACCCAGGAACCAGCGAGUCAGCGUCAAGGGGCGGAGACUGCCCUCGCAGCAUGUCUCCCGGCCUCGCUCUGAGAGUCUGAACGCUCUGGACCGGGCCCUGCCGGAGACAGAUGAGGAAGAGGAGGGUGAGGUCCCCAGAGACCCGAUCCGCCUGCGGUCCUACUCCACCCAGGUCAUCCGCUCUGGGGAGGGGGGGGCCCUGCGGGACCCCCUGGUGGGGAAGGUGCGCCUCACCGGGGAGGGUUUUGGAGUAGGACACACGGACACCGACCUGUUGGAGGAGCACGUCACCAUGAACCCCCUCUUCCUCCGGCCCAUGCCUCAGGGUCUGGAGGCCCCCUGGGUGCUAGAUUUGGAGACCGGGGCUACCCCGCCAAAUUCGGCCGAGUCACAGAAACCCUCGGAGACCGAACACCCCAGCGUUGGCCCACCGCAGGGGGGCAGUGACCCUGGACAGAGGGUCUCUCUGAAAGACACACCGGCACCCUCCACCACGCCCACGCCCACUCCUGUGGGCCUGCUGUCCGUCUCUGAGAGCGGCCUGCCUAAAUCUCCAAUGAGGCGUGUCCAGGGCGUGGCCCGAGAGCCAGUGUGGCCUCCGGCCCAGCCCAAAACGCAGCACCUCCCCACUCCCGCCGUUGCCGCCGCUGCUGCUGCUCAGCAGUCCACAGCACCAUGGAGGUCAUCUCUGAAAAGGAACACGACGGAACAAACUCAGUGGGACUGCCUGCGCCCAGAGCCAUCCCAGUCUGUCACAGCGCCACCCGCUGGCUCGGAUGACCAGCCGUCGCCGGAGGGCGCCGAUCACGGGAAGCCGCAGGGGCCCGGUUCUGGCUCGUUCCGGUUCUCCAUCGCGUCGGCCUGGGACCGACCCCGGGGGGGCAGCCUGCUGGGGAGGGAGGAGAGGAGAGGAGCCAAGAGCUCCUCCGACUCCCCGGAGGUCCCCAGACUGCAGCCCCUGAACCCUGGGUCAGGGGGGAAGGGCGAGGGAGGGCCGCCGGUGAAGGCCUCGUUCCCCUCCUCUAGGCGCGAGGAGGAGACGGUGGCAGCUCCAGAGGAGCCUAAACCGAAAGACCAGCCCAGAAACCUGGGGCUGUUCCAGGAGAGGACUAACCCUAACGCCAGGGGGAAGGAGGGCACGGCCCCCAGGGGCCCCGCUUGGGGGGCUGGGGGCGGGGGCGGGGGCUCCGUGCCGAAGCAGGUCGCCGUGGAGACGGCGACGAGAGGGGCGGAGGAAGGGAAGGAUUCCAGAGAGACCCGGAGCAGGGGGUCGGAGGAGGAGAGCGAGGGGGAGAAGGACGAGAGGGCCACGUUUGGCGUGAGGCUGCGCUCCACCUCCCAGUCCGCCAAGUACCGCCAACGGGAAGCACCGAACCCAGAGACGAAAUGCCCGAGCCUUAGUGUGGAGGGCUGCCCUCCGAGCCAGUCACCCGACCACCAAGCCAGUCUCCCCGGCCAAUCUGGCAGCCCUUUUGGCCAAUCAUGCAACCCUCAGGCCCUGACCCCCACCAAACGCCCUGACCUCCUGAAGCAGCACAACGUGGCGGCUCAAGGCUCCCAGUCCCUGAGGCGAGAGGGCGAGGACAGGGGCGCCGUCCCGGGACAGCCCUGCCUCAAGCCCCCCCUGCACAGGACGCGCACGUCCCCAAACUCCGACCCCCCCGCGUCUCCUGCGCACCCACCUUCCACCCCCUCCAGCUCCACCAAGUGUGACCACGGGGACAGAGAGAGGCCCGGGGAGUCGAAGCGGGGGGAUGAUGUUGAUAUGCCCACAGAUCCAUCUUUAGAUUCAGGUCCAGCCCCCAAACCAGCGUCGGCCCCGCCCAAGGAGGCGGAGCCUGUGGUGUCGGAGCCUGUGGCGUCAGAGCCGGCCUGGAUGACCAUGGCGAGGGAGAAAACCAGGAGCCUCCAGCAGAUGUUCACCAGCAGACUGCCCCGGGAGUUCGCUGUGACCACGCCCACAGCCACGCCCACGCCCACGCCGAAACCCUCCCCGCAGCCCGCGCCCCCGACCCCCGUGCCCCCGACCCCUGCGCCCGGCCCCGCGCCCCAGCCCGCCCCACAGCACCCCCCUCUGGCCAUAGCAUCAGGGAGGGGCGACAGGGCGCCCCAGGGCAGGGCAGACAGGGGCGCGCCGACGGAAAAGACGAAGAACGAGAAGACUGAAAAGACGCUGCUGGCGGAGAGCGCAGCGCCCCCUAGUGAUAAAAGGCAGGAGAGGACAGACCGACCCUUCCCAGUGGGGGGCAAGCAGACAGAAGCUAAAGCAGCCCCAGCUGAGACCCACAGCACAGCGGCUGCUGCUCCACACAGAGCAGAGCCCAAGAUGGAGGGCAGACUGGCCUGCAGGGUCCACAGCUCAGAAGCAGCACCCAGCAGCACUCCUGCCCCGAGCAGGGAGAGAGAGGACAGGCAGCCAGUUCGGCCUGAGGCCCCAUCAGCAGCGCCUGCUGUGUCCAGCGGGGGGCAGCCAUCUUGGAUGGAACUGGCCAAGAGGAAGUCCCUAGCCUGGAGCGAUAAGGCCAUGGACUGAGAGAAAAAGAGAGAGAGAGAGAAGGAUGGAGUGAGAGGAGGAGAGACACAGAGAUCGGCUGUUCUUCUGCUGUGUUAGUGUUCGAUGAGAGCAGUGGUGACAACCUGCCCAAGUCUCAGUUCAGCCUCAGCCCACUGUCUGUGUGUGUGUGUGUGUGUGUGUGACCGUGUGUGUGUAACAGGUGUGUGCUUGUGUGACUGACUGUAGCAAUAAUUGUCUGUAUGUGUAACAGGAAUGUGUUUGUGUGUGUGUGUAACAGGAGGACUGUGAUUGGCUGUUGAAGCUGUGUGUGUAACAGGAGUGUGAUUGGCUGUAGCAGCUGUGUGUGUGUGUAACUGGAGGGUGAUUGGCUGCAGUGAUUGGCUGUAGGAGCUAUAUGUGUAACCGGACUAUGAUUGGCUGUAACAGCUGUGUGUGUGUCUGGAGUGUGAUUAGCUGUACAAGCUAUAUGUGUGUAACUGGAGUGUGAUUGGCUGUACGAGCUAUAUGUGUGUAACUGGAGUGUGAUUGGCUGUACGAACUAUGUGUGAUUGUGAUUGGCUGAAGCUGCCACAGGCUGAGCACGCUGAAUGCCCAGUUCACAGCCUUCUCACAACGCUGCUGGAAUGUUAGAAAAUGGUUUUACAUCUGCAGCAAAGCAAAGCAGCGUGGGAGAUCGGACUCUUCGGUAAAAAAUGGAUUGUUGGUUAAUCCGUGACCAUUUCCGGACCCUGCACAGUGAGGCAGUGUGCUCACAAAGAGGUUGACUAGACCUUCAUCAGAAAUGUUUUUGAAUGGGCGACACCGUCGUGUAAAUCUCAAACAUUAACCGUAGCCAGCGAACAUGAACCGCUUUCCUCAGUGUCCCUGGAAAAGAGGAUCGCGACACCACAUCUAACCUCGUGACUGUACAGUAAUAUUGAGCUGAUGGCGUUAUUGAUCAUUUGGGCUGAAUGCUCUGUGUGAUACAGAGGACCAUCGCUGGCUGCUCAGACCAUCCAGGCAGCAGAUCUUGGAAAAUGGCAUCAAAUGCAAACUGAUAAACUGUGCUCAUCCUCCCUGUUCUGUAUUUUUAUGUACACGCAAACAAUGCAAAAAAAAAAUGAAGGAUACAAUUAUAAGCAUGUGAUUAAAGGGAAAAGCGAACUUCA